AUGGGGUUCGGACGGGACCUGCGGAACUCCCACGACGGGCUGUUGAAGCUGCAGGACUGGGAGCUGAAGCUGCUGGAGACGGUGAAGCGCUUCAUGACGCUACGGGUGAAGAGCGACAAGGAGUACGCCUCACUUCUCCUCAACAUCAGCCAGCAGGUGGACAAGCACGACAACUCCUCCCAGAUGGACUACAUCAGCAACGUCUCCAAGGUAUAGGCCUAUACAAAAAUAUCAAUACACAGUACAGACAGAUUAAAUACAAACCCAACAGUGAACACAGACUACAGCAACCUAAGGUGAGAUAGGAGAUGAUCAGAUGGUGGUUUGUUGACCCCCAAAGCAGUAAUGAUAUGCUAUAUUAUUACAGACACAACACACACCAGUGAACAUGUAGAUUAAUUUAAGACCAUGUCUCCCUUUUUAUCUGAUGUUUUUACCUGUGGGGCUCCCACACAUGAAUGUGGGUUGUUUUUGUGCUGUUGAGCAGGAUGUUGGAAGGGGAGUGUGGAACUGGGUUGGUUAUAGUGGGAUAUCAGUCACAGGGUUGUGUAGAACGUUUUCUACAGGACUCCAAGGCGUUAAAUGCGUUUGCUUAGAAGAAGAAAAGACUAGCACAAUACAUCAUGCCUAAAAAGUUCCAGUUGAUUUUCCUAUAUACUGAAAUCAGGCGUGACAUCUCAAUCUCCUAUAUCUCUCUCUCUCUUCCACUCUCUCCUUCUCUCUCAUCUAUCAUUCUCUCUUCUUCCACCUCCCUCUCGUCUUCCACCUCCAUCUCUCCAGUCUUGGGCCCACAUGGUCCAGCAGACAGAACAGCUGAGUAAGAUUAUGAAGUGUCACGCAGAGGAGCUGAACUCGGGCCCUCUGCACAGACUCACUAUGAUGAUCAAAGACAAGCAGCAGGUCAAGAAGAGCUACCAGAGCAUCCACACACAGAUCGAGUCCGAAAUGAACAAGGUACUGUAUACACUCACCUCACACACACACACACAUUUACUGUUUCUUCAUACACUAUCCUUCCUGUGCAUUGACUUUAUUUACGGUUAUGGGGCGUUUGUUGACAGGGUCUUUCACAUUUGUGGUCAGAGUGUAAAUGAGGUGAACUUUACUUAUGUCAAAGAUGCUAAUGUUGCUUUUGUUUUUUCCGAUAUGAUCUCUUCUAGGUGACAAAAAGCGACCUAGAAAAGUUGAAAGGCACCUAUAGACAAUUAACAAAGGAUGCUCACAGUGCCAAAGAAAAAUACAGAGAAGCAAUGGUGAAAGGUAAACAUUUCUACUGAACAUUGACAGAAAACUCAAGUUUAAUAUGUUUUAGUAGUACAGUUUUCCUUAGAAUAAAUGCAUGAAGUCUUAGUAGAAACCAUCUGAAGUGCAUCAAUACCUACCACACCUAACCUUUGGAGGCAGAUCGUAUGACUGACAUGUCUUGGGAGGCGAAUGAUGAGGCACACCCAAAUUAAACCUCCAUACAAACCAGCAGCACAGCACUUUUUCCUUCUUGGUUUGAUUUUCAGGCAAGGAGCCGGAGAAGGCGAGGGAGCGCUACGACAAGACCACCAUGAAGCUCCACAACCUCCACAACCAGUACGUGCUGGCGGUGCGGAGCGCCCAGCUCCACCAGGAGCACUACCACGACACCACGCUGCCCCUCCUCCUCGACUCCCUGCAGAAGAUGCAGGAGGAGAUGAUCAGUGCACUGUGAGUGUGUCCAGCUGAGAUUCAGAAGGGAUUACAACAUAUGCAUAAUAUCUAAUGGCUUUGAGAAGAUGCUGGAAGUAGAUCAACAAAAAAAUAACAGGCUGCAUACUGCGAUGUAUGCUCCAAGUGUGUUUGUUAUUUUAGGUUACUUUAUGUUAGGUUACUUUAUGUUUCAAUUCUUUAUGAUAUGUUACUUUAAGUCAUGUUACUUUGUUACGUCUUUACCAGUGAUGUAGUGUGGAAAAAUAAGGUGGGUUUACAACGCUGUUCGCAGUGAGUAAAGUACCCUAUACUUCCACUACACCACUGGUCCCGACUCUGAGGUUAAGAACUGAUGAAGGUCUACGGGCUGAAAUGCUGUUGGUAAACACACUUGGGUGCAUAUGUCACUGUGCAGUGUUCCUUUUCUGCAAUGUCCAACCUAGAUGUCUAGAAGCACACUGCAGAUUACCAUAUCUGUGACACCCUAACAUGUCAGGCAAUUUAAACAUUCUUCAGAAUUACGUAAAUCCAGAAUUAUUUUAGUAUAGCGAGUUAAGAGUUAUUGUUGUCAUGUGGGACUAGAUCCCAGAUGAGGCUUAAUCCCAUAAUUUCAUAGCUGUCAUGGGAUUACUAGGAGGCAGAGGCAUCCUCUUUUUUCAGAAUGUCCUGUUUAAAGGAAAAUUAUACCCCAAAACUAUCUUUUGGUAUUUGUUUAAUUAGUCCAUUAUUGAUAUAGUCCCAAAAUGUUUUGCAUGUCAGCAAUCCACAAGGGGGAAGUUAGAAAUAGUUGCUUUAAAGUAAAACCAGUGUUGUGUUCGAGACCACCUAAAGUGAGACCGAUUCAAGACCAAGACUGGAGCAAAUCGAGUCCAAGUCAAGACCAAGAUCGGAGAGGGGAUGAGACCGAGACCAGAAAAAUGCGAGUCCAAUUAAAGACCAUGAUUGUAAUUUUGUCAAAUCACCACCAUAAUAAGAGUUCAAAAUGUCCAGUAUUUCUGUGUUCAUAUUUCAGAAAAACAAAUGGAUUCUUUAGACAUUCAGAAUAGUGAAAGAAUGCAUGCUGAGGGCAAAUAGAGCCACUCUACAAAUUAUUACUAACCCAAACACAGUGGGGAACAAUGGGCCUUCUACGCCUUCAGUGAAGGGCUAAGGAUUUGUAAAAUAAUGAUUGUAAUAAUAAUGAUAUUAUUAUUUUCAAUGAUGUCCUGAUUUCAUCUCUUCAGAUUUUGUUGGAAAGGAAAGGGGAAAAAAUUAUCCAAUCAGGAUUUUUCUUUGCUGGUCUCUGGGGAGAUAAAUCUAGCUAGCUAAGUCAGCCAUUAGCUAGGCCAUCAGACGCUAGAUAAAGGCAUCUGCCAUUCAACUGUAUUAGGGCAACGUUUUGGAGUGACAAUGGAAUCAACCAAUCACAUUUUGAUUUAAUGGGUGGGACCGUUUUUACAAAAACGUAUUGGAACUUCUGCCUUCUUGUAUGAAAAUGUAUGCACUCACUAACUGUAAGUCGCUCUGGAUAAGAGUGUCUGCUAAAUGACUAAAAUUUAAAUGUUGAAGGCCAACAGGUCAUUGUGCAAUAGCGAGCAGUAGUUUCCCCACGGUCUAGCUAGCUAGCAUUUGUUGUCGUCUAGUUUGCAGCAGGUGUUGUUGUUAAUUUGUUAGCUUCUCCCUUUUCAAGACUAACUUUCAAGAAGUUAACUUUCAAAUGAUCAUGAUCUAUUGAGUGGAACUGUGUUUUUUAUUGCAGCACGCUUGCUGUUGUUAGCCAUCUCUUUGAAAAUAACUUAUGUGCGUGAAACAUUGUUGCAUUUAAAGUAGAACUGACAGCAUUUUAGCGACCAUGAAAUCUUAUUAAAAUCUGUUCAUAUACACCCUCAGGAAGAAUGACAAAAAUAUAAGAAUCUGACACGCGGUCACUUAGAUAUGGUUCUUUUCACAUUUUCAUAAAUUCUUCAAAUGUUUGGGAGUUAGGUAUACUAAGGCAUUUGUGAAAAUUCUAUAGUAAUAUAGAGCGGGAAAGUGGCCAUGCAUUUGGACAAUUAAUAGACACUGCAGUUAAUAAAAUCGAAUAAAAACAUUGUCUUGUCCAGGACCGGAGUCUAUACAGACUGCUGUGCUAUAGCCAAUCAGAGCUACAGUAGGCCUUCAUACAAACAAGCCAUUUGCCACACGGGCCUGCCAUCAUUCACUUUGAACUGGACUGUGUGUUUACAGGCAGUUGCAUCACCGCGACUUUAGCUCAUUAGAACGCAUUCGCCAAAAGCCACAAAAUACACCUGAAUGGAUUUCUACAUUUGAGAACUUUACAGUCCUAUUGAUCAAACCACCAUGAAAAGGUAGGCUCUCUCUCCCUCAGUUAUGCACAUCAACAACAACAAGAUCAACAACUAAUGCUAGCCAGAGCAAGAUGAGCAAGAUUAGAUAAACCCUCUGAAACUUUUUUCAGCUAGUUGGCCGUCAAAAUUGCACUGAUAAACAAUGGGGAAUUGUAGCCUCCUCAUCCUUCUGCAGCUUGCCUGCCAAUGCAUGCUUGUCCCAACCAAGCACCCAAGCUAACUGGCUAAAGCUGGCUAGCUUGCUAGCUAGCUACUUCCAGACACAAAUGAGAAAACAUGUCACUGUGACCAUUUUUCUUGCCGUAGCAGAGGUGACUAGGCUGUUUACAUGUUAUCUAGAGCGUUCUUGACUAACUAUUACUUUUUUUGCCUACGUUUACUGACGCUUGUCAUAUUCAGCGGGUGUUGCGCGUUCGUAAAUUCAUCAGUUCUGCACUCUGAAGUCGGAGUAGAUAGCCAGAGUGAAUUUGCGAACGCAAGACAUAUGCUAACUGGAUAACAGUUGUUCAAGUUCUUGCCAGCUAACCAAAUCACACCUGCAUCUCUAGCUGUGUAUAGCCUCCGAAAAAUGAUAUAAAGGGAAAAAGUCAGUCACUCACCCACUCCGCCAAUAGCAUGACAUGACAUCCUCCUAGCAGCUAGCUAGCUAUCUAGCUAACGUUAGACUCUGUGUUCUUAGCUUGCUACAUAAAUAGAUAUGCUAGCCUAUUAGCCAUGUUGUGACUGACUUGUGAUCAUUGCCCUUGCUAGUUUGAUUGUAUUGACAUUCCCAGCCUUAGUUACAUUCGUCCGUUUUUGUCCAGAAUAUUGAGUCAUUGAAACUGAAACCGUGCAUCCCGAAUGGAGGCAGCAAACAAUGUACCAGGCCAGCUGUGAUUUACAACCUGAUAGCAAUAUAUUUUGGACUACCAAGAAAUGGAUUGGCGAAUUAUUAAUCAUGCAUUGAACUGCAUCCAUCUAUUCUGUCAACAAUGCCUUAGUGUACAUCAUGGAAUGUUGAGUCAAAUAUAACCUAUUUUUAAAACCUCUUAUAAAGUUGGUUUUGUAGCAUAAACUGGGAAAUUGAUAUUUUUGAUUGAUAUUAUGAUUGUGUGUUUCAUAUCUGCAAAGUAGUUAAAACGCUGUCAGUUCCCCUUUAAACUUUAGGUCACUGGUUACUUUGUGUGCUAAACGUGAAAUGUUUUUUGCAACGGGAAGUAAUAGUUGUACAUUUCGAUUGGGAAUUGCUUAAUGGUUGUGUUUUUGUGGACCUACUGGCUUAUUAUGUCAGAGUUUAUGGACUGCUUAUCCUUUAACAUCAUGCUGUGUGCGACUGCUGUCUUUCCAUCGGCCCUAUGCAGUGUUGCCUGGAGAAGUGGGUAUAAUCUAAUUUUGCCCAAAAGUUCCCAAAUGGCCCACCCAGCGAAGGAAAGGCACCCUGUGUGAAAAAUCGAGUUUUCCUAUAGAUUUUUCAGAUUUUCACACGUUUAAAUAGAAAAAAAGACACAUUUGAUGGUGUAAGUGCACAACAAUGCUUAAACCACAUCAACCUGAUUGGGUGGGCCUGUCAGGACCUGGCUCCCAAGUGGAUGGGCCUCUGUCCACACAGGCCCAUCCAUGUCUACGCCCCUGAUGCAAACAGCGCAUGACGACAAUUGCGCAUCACAAAUAGCCUACUAGCCAACACUUCGGACUAAACUUUUUCAAUACCUGGUUUGCUUACCUAUUGUCAGUGUUGCCAACUUAGCGACUUAGUCGCUAUAUUUAGCGAGUUUUCAGACCCCUCUAGCGACACAUUUUCAAAAAAGUGACUAGCGACAAAUCUUGCGACUUUUUCUGGUGUUAUUGGAGAUUUUUGGAGACUGACGUGAAAGCACGUAUCGUUUUUACUCUUCUCAACGAGCAGCAGGUGCUGCCGUGGGCCCCACCCCCCGUCCCAAAGCACUCACAGGCGGCCCAGUCCUCGCGCAGCAGUCCCCCCUCCCAGCUGCAGUCCGAGCAGGAGAUGUUCACCCCUCCGCGUCCAGACUGCAAAUGAACAUCUCCUGCUCUGACUGCAGCUGGGAGGGACUGCUGCGCAAGGACUGGGCCGCCUGUGAGUGCUUUGGGACGGGGGUGGGGCCCACGGCAGCACCCGCUGCUCGUUGAGAAGAGUAAGAACGAUACGUGCUUUCACGUCAAAGUCUCCAAUAACGCCAGAAAAAGUCGCUAGAUUUGUCGCUAGUCGCUAGACAAGACCGAGACACUCAAUAUGUGGUCUCGAGACCGGUCUCGAGUACUACAACACUGAGUAAAAUUGCACCCAAAAACUAUCUUUUGGUAUUUGUUUACAGCCGGCAUCAUAUGACGCUAAAUGCCUCAUACCGGCAGUAUUUAUCUAUUUUAAAAGUUCUGUAUCUUGAAAACUUGAUUGCUGACAUGCAAAACAUUUUGGGACUAUAUCAACAAUGGACUAAUUAAACAAAUAACAAAAUAGUUUUUGGAUGCAGUUUUACUUUAAGCAACUAUUUCUAACAUUCCCCCUUGUGGAAGUUAGGCGAAUUGCAACAACACUUAGGCUGCAUUCUAAACAACUAUCCCCCUCCCCUGCAUCCCAUUUCCCUGCAAUACAGUGGAGACUUGCGCUUGAGGCUUUUACUUUCAGUUUGGUCCACCGACUUCAACGAAAUAAGAAUACAAUAUUUUUUGUUAUUGAAAUUAUAUUUCAAAGCGAUUUAUACUAUAGAUUGCUUGUUUUCUCAAACUGAAAUUGAGCAUAUUCUAACCUUGUUUUAUGAUUUUCCGACUGUUCUGUAAUUUCCAGGAAGGGGAUUUUGGAGGAAUACAGUGAAAUCACCAGUCUCUUAACUGAUGAAAUAGUGAAGGUCCACAAAGAAAUCCACACCUCCAUCGACCAAAUUGACCCUGUGUCAGAGUAUGAACACUUCAUUGAGGUCUACAGGUAGGUUUGAGUGAUUUUGCCUUAAAGAGAGACUGAAUCGAAACACCCACUUCUCUGGUUGAAAACGGCAUAUGUGGCAUUGAUGACUCAGAAACAUUUAUUCUAGUGUCAAAAUGUACUACAAAGGGUAAAUAGAAUAAUUUUGGUCAUAAAGUCAGUCUGUCCAAGACCUGAGAUGUGCGAGAUGAUUAGGAUUUAUUUUUCACAGAAUUAAGGGUACGCCACAGUUUUCCUUGGGUUGGGUAUAUUUCAAGCCUGCCCACAGCUGGCAGCACCCAAGUAAUCAUCAAUACCCAAUCGUAAUGCCUAUGGUCAAUUUGGUUUGACUUUGGAUAUCUCUAUGGUGCUAGUUAAGGACUAACAGUAAAUUACACAAUGUACAAUGAGUGUGCAAAACAUUAUGAACAACUGCUCUUUCCAUGACGUAGACUGACCAGGUGAAAGCUAUGAUCCCUUAUUGAUGUCACUUGUUAAAUCCACUUUACUCAGUGUAGAUGAAGGGGUGGAGACAGGUUAAAGAAGGAUUUUUAAGCCUUGAGACAAUUGAGACAUGGAGUGUGUAUGUAUGCCAUUCAGAGGGUGAAUGGGCGAGACAAAAUAUUUAAGUGACUUUGAAUGGGGUAUGGUAGUAGGUGCCAGACGCACUGGUUUGUGUGAAGAACUGCAACGCUGCUGGGUUUUUCAUGCUCCAAAGUUUCCCUUGUGUAUCAAGAAUGGUCCACCACCCAAAGGACAUCCAGUCAAUUUGAGGCUGUUCAGAGAGCAAAAGGGGGGAGGGUGGAACUCAAUAUUAGGAAGGUAUUUUUAAUGUUUUUGUACACUCAGUGUACAUGGGACAAUAUUUUAACAUUUCAAUAGCUCCAGGUUUCAAUGAGUUAUAAACCUCAAAACAACUUUAAAUUGUAGAAAUUCAUAUUGAAAGCAUUUAAUGAGACAACUAAAAGGUAUUCAACAUGAAAAUAUUGUCCCAUUUACAUUGUGUAAUUUAUUGGCGGUCCCUAACUAGCCCCACAGAUAGGCUAUCCAAAGUCAAACCAACUUUGCCACGGUCACACACCGGCCGGCUGAAGCUAAUUGGCGAAGGAAGCUACUUCCAGACACAAGACCUGAUUAGACUGUUUCAAGUUAUCUAGAAGGGUGAGUGACUAAUUGUAUACUGUUUUGGCAGAGUGAAUGUACAAACCCUUCCCGCUUGCGAACACACACAUGAGACACCCACAUUACAUUUUAGUCAUUUAGCAGACGCUCUUAUCCAGAGCGAAUUACAGUUAGUGAGUGCAAAACUAUUUUUUCGUACUGCCCCCCCCCCCCGUGGGAAUCGAACCCACAACCCUGCCGUUGCAAAUGCCAUGCUCUACCAACUGAGCUACACGGGGCCCACAUCAAAGCAUGCCUCCAAGACCCAAAUCUCAUUCUAAGUUACAUUUCCUAAUGAGGAGGCUUGACACAGAGGCUAAAUCAGUCAGUUCAGCCCGCCUUUAAAGGAAAAUUCCACCCAAAAACUAGUCCAUUGUUGAUAUAAUCUCCAAAUGUUUUGCAUGUCAGCAAUCACGUUUUCAAGAUAUGUAACUUUCAAAACAGAUAUCUGGCCCAUAUGAUGCAUUUGGCAUCAUAUGAAGCUGCUUUUUACAUCAUACUGGACAGCUUUAUGUAUUUUGAAAGUUACAUAUCUUGAAAACUUGAUUGCUGACAUGCAAAACAUUUUGGGACUAUAUCAACAAUGGACUAAUAAAACAAAUACCAAAUGUUUUUUGGUGGAAUUUUCCUUUAAGUAACAGUACUUUUGUCCCCAUUUCAAUGAUUUUGGUUAACAUGAGAUGUCAUCUUCCAGGUCUCCAGAAACCAAAGAACCGAAUGUAGAAUUUGACAUUUCACUGUUGGAGGAAACAGAGAAUCUUCAAGCAAACGAGAUCCUAUGGAACAAUUUGACUGCAGACAGUUUACAAGCGAUGUGAGUAAAACAAUGUAUGAAGGGAGGAGAGUAUUGCCCUCAUUGACCUUGUUUCGCUCUGACGUUUUGAAAAGAAGGUGGGAGGAAUCAAGGAAGGACUUUUGAGAUCCAUCCACUGUCUCAUCUCAGCUGUAGUACAGCAUCUCUGAUUGACUGAGGAUAUAGUGUGUGUAUCUGUGUUUGACUGAUUAUGUCAAAGGUCAGAACAACAAUUUAAUCCACUGCAUUUUCUUCCACAGGCUGAAAUCCACAUCAGAUGAGCUGGUCCUCACUCAGCAGAGCCUACGCAGCAAGGAGGAGCUCAUGCAGGACCUGGAGAACAAGAUCGAGGAGUCCACCAGAACAUGUGAAAAGAAGUCUGAGUACGUUGCUACCUUGUCUGAUUAAUCAGGCUAUAAUACACAAUUAAUUGAUAUAUACAGCCUGAAAAUAGGGGGGCCGAAUCAUGUAAAUGGUCCUUACAAGACAGAAUGUUGAAUAAAAUUACACUUGAAUUUGAGACAAAAUAUCCACAGGAAAUAGUUUUUCUGACUUUUUUGAGAGCCGGUAGGUUUGCCACUGCCAGCUGAAUGCGAGGGAACGUAGCUAGUUCGGUCUUUGGUUCGGUGACUCUCAGCUAUUGUUUAAAUGUUGUGCAAGUGUUAACGUCACAUGCAUUUACAUUUACAUUUACGUCAUUUAGCAGACGCUCUUAUCCAGAGCGACUUACAAAUUGGUGCAUUCACCCUAUAGCCAGUGGGAUAACCACUUUACAAUUUUUUAUUUUAUUUUAGGGGGGGGUAGAAGGAUUACUUUAUCCUAUCCCAGGUAUUCCUUAAGGAGGUGGGGUUUCAAAUGUCUCCGGAAGGUGGUGAGUGACUCCGCUGUCCUGGCGUCGUGAGGGAGCUUGUUCCACCAUUGGGGUGCCAGAGCAGCGAACAGUUUUGACUGGGCUGAGCGGGAACUAUGCUUCCGCAGAGGAAGGGGAGCCAGCAGGCCAGAGGUGGAUGAACGCAAUGCCCUCGUUUGGGUGUAGGGACUGAUCAGAGCCUGAAGGUACAGAGGUGCCGUUCCCCUCACAGCUCCAUAGGCAAGCACCAUGGUCUUGUAACAGAUGCGAGCUUCAACUGGAAGCCAGUGGAGUGUGCGGAGGAGCGGGGUGACGUGAGAGAACUUGGGAAGGUUGAACACCAGACGGGCUGCGGCAUUCUGGAUGAGUUUUAGGGGUUUAAUGGCACAGGCAGGGAGCCCAGCCAACAGCGAGUUGCAGUAAUCCAGACGGGAGAUGACAAGUGCCUGGAUCAGGACCUGUGCCGCUUCCUGUGUAAGGCAGGGUCGUACUCUCCGAAUGUUGUAGAGCAUGAACCUGCAGGAUCGGGUCACCGCCUUGAUGUUAGCGGAGAACGACAGGGUGUUGUCCAGGGUCACGCCAAGGCUCUUCGCACUCUGGUUAGGAGGACACAACGGAGUUGUCAACCGUGAUGGCGAGAUCAUGGAACGGGCAGUCCUUCCCCGGGAGGAAGAGCAGCUCCGUCUUGCCAAGGUUCAGCUUGAGGUGGUGAUCCGUCAUCCAUACUGAUAUGUCUGCCAGACAUGCAGAGAUGCGAUUCGCCACCUGGUUAUCAGAAGGGGGAAAGGAGAAGAUUAGUUGUGUAUCGUCUGCGUAGCAAUGAUAGGAGAGGCCAUGUGAGGAUAUGACAGAGCCAAGUGACUUGGUGUAUAGGGAGAAUAUGAGGGGGCCUAGAACUGAGCCCUGGGGGACACCAGUGGUGAGAGCACGUGGUGCGGAGACAGCUUCUCGCCACGCCACUUGGUAGGAGCGACCGGUCAGGUAGGACGCAAUCCAGGAGUGAGCCGCGCCGGAGAUGCCCAGCUCGGAGAGGGUGGAGAGGAGGAUCUGAUGGUUCACAGUAUCAAAGGCAGCAGACAGGUCUAGAAGGACAAGAGCAGAGGAGAGAGAGUUAGCUUUAGCAGUGCGGAGAGCCUCCGUGACACAGAGAAGAGCAGUCUCAGUUGAAUGACCAGUCCUGAAACCUGACUGGUUUGGAUCAAGAAGGUCAUUCUGAGAGAGAUAGCAAGAGAGUUGGCUAAAGACGGCACGCUCAAUAGUUUUGGAAAGAAGGGAUACUGGUCUGUAGUUGUUGACAUCAGUGGGAUCGAGUGUUGGUUUUUUGAGAAGGGGUGCAACUCUCGCUCUCUUGAAGACGGAAGGGACAUAGCCAGCGGUCAAGGAUGAGUUGAUCAGCGAGGUGAGGUAGGGGAGAAGGUCACCGGAGAUGGUCUGGAGAAGAGAGGAGGGGAUGGGGUCAAGCGGGCAGGUUGUUGGGCGGCCUGCAGUCACAAGUCGCAAGAUUUUAUCUGGAGAGAGAGGGGAGAAAGAAGUCAAAGCAUAGGGUAGGGCAGUGUAAGCAGGACCAGCAGUGUCAUUAGACUUAACAAACGAGGAUCGGAUGUCGUCAACCUUCUUUUCAAAGUGGUUGACGAAGUCAUCCACAGAGAGGGAGGAGGGGGGGGGGGAGGAGGAUUCAGCAGGGAGGAGAAUGUGGCAAAGAGCUUCCUAGGGUUAGAGCCAGAUGCUUGGAAUUUAGAGUGGUAGAAAGUGGCCUUAGCAGCAGAAACGGAUGAAGAAAGUGUAGAGAGGAGGGAGUGAAAAGAUGCCAGGUCGUCAGGGAGUUUAGUUUUCUUCCAUUUCCGCUCCGCUGCCCGGAGCUCUGUUCUGUGAGCCAGUAGAUUGAAAAUACAUACUGGAAAUACAAGCCUACAGAACCAUAUACAGUGCCUUCAGAAAGUAUCCACAACCCUUGACUUUUUCCACAUUUUGUCUUAUAAAGUUGGAUUAAAAUGGAUUUCAUUGUAAUUUUUGGUCAACGAUCUACACAAAAUACUCCCUAGUGUCAGUGGCUUGUAAGGAUUUUGCACUCCAGUGUUUCAGACUGAAUAUACCAAUAAUUGUUUAUUACAGCCUGAUUAAUCAGACAAGUUUCUACCAUAAAUGUACUGCUCAAUUCUUCUUCCAUUCUGAAGAUGCAAGCUGCUAUGUGAGAUUAUUUCAGAUAGCAGCUACUUGCAAAUAUAUCCUACAGACGAAGAACUAUAUGUGUAAUUAGAUUUCAUGAAUCAUUAUAAAACGUAUGCAAAAGAAGUGUGAAAUCAAAAACUAGCAAGUAUAAUUGAAAGAGGAGAAGUGUGAUGACAUGAUCUUUCAAUAAUGACACUUGAUAUGGUACACACAAAAACAAUUUGGAGGACAAUAUCAGAUUUUUUCAAAAUGCACAUAUGGUACUUUGUUGCAAGGGUUCAAAGGACAUUAAAAGCGGAUGAAACGGCUGAUAUGUUCGAUGUUUCCCUUGAUCUCAUUGCUGUCAGUUGUACACCUCCCAUUAGUAAUAGCAACUUAGAGACCAUUAGCGACUAGCUAGCUAGAUUUCAUGUUUGGUGUUGUUUCUAAGAAGCACAGUUGGCCAUGAUCUAACUCCAGGAGCAUGAAUGAUGUGAAGAGUCAUUGAGGCGGACAGGGUACAAUGGAGAGAGCUGUGUCUGUAGCACAGGGCUCAGCACAUAUUUCAGGGUCUGCUGGAUAAUCAGGGCCUGUCCAGUCAUCCCCCUGUAAAGUCUCAGCUACAGAUUUGAUAAAGGAUGAGGACUGGUUGUAUGGCCUAGGCUAGUUGUUUUCCUGUCUGAAGUUUUUUUGAAAACAUAAAUUAAGUGAUGGUCAUUUGAUGAGGACCAUUUUCAAGUAGUGAGAAGUUGUUUGAUGUGAAGAAUUGUGCUUAUUCACAAGUUCUAGCAUCACUUUUAAAUGGAUCCCAGCUUCCACAGCAAUUUGUUGGGUGUUUGACUGAAAUGUCUUCACCAAUGUUCCCUCUAAGCUGUGCGCGGGCAGGAACUUCACUCAACUUUCUAGAGCAGUGAUCACCAACCGGUCGAUCGCGAUCAACUGGUCGAUCUCCAAGGCAUUCCUAGUCGAUCGGCAAACGUUUCUGUAAAAAACCCAACGAUAAAGCCUUGUGUUCCUUUUUUUUUUGGGGGGGUCUCGGGCUGUUGGCGGUAGGUGCACCUGAUUCAGCUGACCUCCGCGCCGGGUAGGCAACUGUUGCCAUUUUGAACCAUUUAAUGUGUCUGACGGUACAAACUCUACCUUCCCGGCGGGCCCGGAGAGCAAGUCAAGUGCACUAUAGGCCUACCGCUGGCCAAUCGGAUGGCUCAGAUUACCGUGUCUGCAGUAACGUAGCAGGCAUAAAAGAAGGCUACAGCAAAGUUGAUACUGUGAGAUUUCAAAACAUUUAAAACCAUGACUAGAGAGAGACUGUCAACGAAUACAGCAAAGAGCUACUAUUUUUAUGAGUGAGUUCAUGUUUAAGUUCUUACUCAGCACUGUCAACACUUUGUAUUUAACACUUUUAUAAGCCAUAAAAUGCGCGUUCUUCCUAUUUCCACUCAGCGCUACAACAAGCACUGCAGCAGUAAUGAAUGAAUGAGUAAGAAAAUGUAUCUAUAGGCCUGCAUUGUUGUUAGUAUUAGCGGCUUGGGUCUUUUUUGAUAUCAAGGAAUAUUUCACUUUCUCUGUUCAUUGGAGUAACAACAUGGAAUUUGUGCAUGAGGCAGAAAUAAUGUGGUGCAACUGGUGUUAAGGCAUCAUCUGGAAGACUGUCCCUUUUUGGUCAGUGUCAGUGGAGGAAAGGGAGAGUGGAGGGAGGUUGAGAGAUGAACCCUCAGUCUGCUACGCUCUCCCUCCGCUGAAACUGACCAUCAGAUGCAGGCACCAUCAGAGCUGCAGUAGGCCUAUAUGCAAAUAGACCAUUGCCAUAUAUGGAUCUGGGCCAUUUACUUUGAACUGGACUGUGUUAACAGCAUGAGCAGUCGUGAGUAGAUGCGAUUGUUUUGAGAUCAAAGCGAGAGCUGCAUGUAGCCGUGUGUGCACAUUUUGUUACUAUCCUUUGCUAGUUAGUGAGUUAUUAGGCCAGUUAUAUGUAAUUUGUAGUCAGUAAUAGGGGAGGUAUUGCUUCCUACAAGAGCACAUUUCUAGAUGUCUUUGAAAAGUGAGUCAGGUAAAGAGUGUUGUUUUUUGAGGCAGGCUUGAAUAAGCUAAGUAGCCAAUAGGCAGAGGGUAGCAUAAUUUGUCUGGUUCUCUGUAAUAAUGGUAUGGGAAUAAUAAUGCAUUUUAUUUUGUAAAGUGGUUUCUUGCAUCAAACAAUACAACAUUUUCAGUCACCUUGUCUGAAGGACAAGUGGAUAAACAGGUUAAAGUCAAGCCCUGCAUGUUUUUUUUUUCCAAACGUCUCAUGGAAUGUAGGCCUACAUUGAACACCACACCUUGGCUGCUACUGUAGGCUGAAUGAUAGAACCGCUAUUUCCAUGUUAAAAUGUUAUGGGACGCAUUUUCUCCAUUGUUUUUGAUGGUAGGCCACUCUUGUAGGCCUACAUUAUGAUCAAAUAGCCACAGUAGCCUACUUGGCCACUGUUAAACAUGUAACUUAAAGCGGGUACAGCCUCAGUGUUCACAGUAAACGCGCGCUGGAAGUUGCACAGAAUUUUCACAACGUUCAAGUUUGCAAUCAGUGCCGAAAACAAUUGGUCUUCACACCCAUUAAUCAGAGCACAGAUAAAGUUAGGAUUUAGAGCUGUUGCCCUGUAGGCUAUAUAUCCCUCUGGAGAAAGCAAACCAAAAAAUAAUUUGCCACAUCCUCGUUCCAAGAGGCAGAUUAAGCAGUAAUACUGUUUGAAUUCAGACGAGCGCCAGUGUGACUCCCCCCCCAUAUCAAUACCUAUCUUUUCACUCUCACACACGCACUCCCAUUUUCUCUCUCCAUCUCUCUGCCUCUCUUUGUUUCUCUCUCACACGACACUCAUUCUCUCUCUCCCUCUCUCAUUCUCCCUCCCCCCUCUCCCCAUCAGUGCGGUUCUGCUGCUCAGUCAGAAGCAGUCUCUGGAGGAGCUGAGGCAGACUGUCCAGUUGCUGUGCUGCACCGAGGCCAAGCUGGGCGCCCAGAAGGACCUGCUCGACCACAAGAUGCAGAAGAACGAGGGCAAGGAGCUGCCCCCCAUGGUCAACUACGAGGACGACGCGCGCUCAGUAAACUCCAUG